AUGAGCCCCGGUUACGCAGAUCACCCGACUUUAUCGCACGACGCACGACAGCGUCGAGGAUUCUUUUAUCUUCCAGGUCCGGUCCCGUUAUGCUCUUUCGUCCCCGUAGCCAAAAAGGGAGCUUCACUCGCACGCGAAGCAACAUUUGGCGAGAAGAGGACGCCACCGGGACAUCUAGCGCCGACUGGAUGCUGGUAA